AUGUCGUCAACUCCCGCCAGCUCGAGGACUUUCGCGGCGAACACAGGACUUGGACUCAAAUUUACCCCAUCGAAUUCUCCAUAUCCGCGCACGCCUAGAUCCCCAUAUAAACCCCGCAGUCUUUACGAAUCUGGCCUGUCCCUCAAACGAAUUAUAGGCACCACUGUCUCUUCACCGACCGCCUUCGAUUGCCUCUCUUCUCGAAUAUUUGCCUACACCGCUGGCGCAGCAGCCGUGGUCGUCAACAUCGACGACACAUCUAAUCUCUCCCAACGGUUUUUCAGGGCGCGCCCUACUGCCAUUCCGCUUAAUACCAUCACUACUUCAUCAUGCGCCCCUGCUACCCCUACAAAUACUGCCAAUGAUGGCAGAAACAGAGCCGUAGCAACCUUGAGGGAUUCCGCGGUGCCCUACUCACCAUCUACACCACAUACCAGUCUCGAAUGGGGGGACUCUCCAAGUUCGAAGACAUGGACCAGUCGGGAGAGGAUCAAGGCAGCUACUUGCCUUUCUCUUAGUCGGGACGGAAGAUUCCUGGCUGUGGGUGAGACUGGAUAUUCUCCCCGAGUCCUUCUCUUCUCUUUACAAGACACUUCCUCGGAUACUCCCUUGGUGAUCCUGAACGAACAUACCUAUGGCGUUCGUGCGGUUGCCUUCAGCCCGGAUCAGAAAUAUCUUGCGAGUUUAGGGGUACCAAGUGAUGGCUUUCUUUACGUUUGGUCUAUCAAUCAGAGAACCGGUGCAGCAAAAAUGCAAUCCAGCAACAAGUGCACGAGUUCUAUCAAGCAAAUGAUAUGGCUGGGGAGUAGUAUAGUUACUAUUGGCACCCGGCAUAUCAAAAUUUGGAGGGUCGAAGAUAAUCGAAGCGUAUCGCCAUCAAAACAGAGGUAUGCACUAGAUGGCACGCCACAGCCUGUACCUACUCCGCCAGCACUUAAGGCUCUGGCUGGACGAAAUGUGCUGCUCGGGCCGCUCGUAGAUGCUACCUUCACAACUGUGGCAGCAAUCUCUGAUCAUAAGGCGGUUGUAUGUUCUGAAAAGGGAGACGUCUGCCUCCUAGAUGAUAGCGAAGGGCAAAGGCUUGUGAAGCUUGCAAACACCGGAUUCCCAGUCACAUGUAUCGCGAUCGAUAUCGAGACUCGGCGAGUCAGGAUAGGAGGACGAAAUGGGGAAAUGAAGUCUCUGAGUCUGGAGGACCUCCUUACGCCGAAUACUCCCCCGGAGUCUCCGGUUCCGCUUGGAGAUUCCGCACCGAAGAGUGACCGUGGCCACCUGUGUGCAAUGGGAUAUUCUGCAAGGUGUUUGAUCACCAUCGACUCGAAACAUUCGAUUAAAAUAUCAAGUCCGGACUCAGAUCUUGCGGAUCCUAAGAUGCAGAACACACCAUUCCCGGCUCAUGGUGAUUCGGUCUUGGGCGUAAUGUCCCUGUCCCAGGACAAUGAAAUGAAGGCUGCUUUUUAUACGUGGUCAGCCAACGGAACGGUUGUCUUCUGGGGCCUGGAUGGCAGCAGCAAGGCGUCCUUGCAGGUCGAAGUUGAGCAGAGUUCUUCUGCCGAUGAAGACCUAGUCAACCAAUGCCAAAUUGUUCGCGCCUCCAAAGGAGCGGCAUUCAUCGUCACUGGAGACAAAUGUGGGGUUUUGAGAAUUAUCAAUCCAUCCACCCAGGUUUGUUCUUUCGAGGCUAGGGCACACAUGUCUGAUAUUCAGGAUAUUGCCCUCUUCGAAAGUGAUGACACCACACUGAUCGCUUCGUGUGGACGGGACAGGACUGUUCAGCUAUUUCGACGAGUCUCAGAGCAGUGGACUCUCAUCCAAACAUUAGAGGAUCACUCAGCUAGUGUUUGCAGUCUUUUCUUUGCUGAAAACGGCAAGAAACUGGUCUCUUGUUCUGCAGAUCGCACAAUACACAUAAGGCAACUUGUGAAAAAGGAGGUUGGUGGAGAGGAUGUCAUGGGAGCAGUGCCGAACCGGAUCAUCACGUUGAAAGCGACCCCGGUCUCUAUGACAGCUUGUUUAGAUAGUGAGAGGAGUAGCUUCAUGGUCUCCUUACUAGACCGCACGGUCGCUACGUAUGAGAUCUCUAGCGGUCGACUUGUGAACUCCUUCCGGGUGACGGAUAGCGAGGGAGCUGAUUCAGUUGUUCUGGACGCACUUGUUAUGGGUGCCCCCAGUCCUGUGCCGGCAAGACCUACAAUACUUGCUGGUAUAUCCGGCACUGAUAAGUCAGUGAGGGUUUAUGAUGGAAUUACUGGAAACUUCCUGGAUCGUGAAUGGGGCCACACAGCUUCUGUAACGGAUGUGGCGCUCUUGGAAAGUUCAGACUCGGAGCAAAAAUUCCUGGUCAGUACUGGAUCAGAUGGUACUAUUAUGAUAUGGGAUCUUUCGGCAAGACCUGCCGAGCCCCAAGACCCAGCAGACCUGACCCGGGAGCCGUCGCCUCCAAAGGAAGUCGCAUCCUCCAGACCGCCUCUGAGAAGAGUCCUUUCAAGAGCCGAAUUGGCAGAGUUCCAAAAGGCAUCACCAAUCUCGACACCAAGCAAUAGGCAAAGCUCCCCGCCACGAGUCCUCCGGAAGAAGACAUCUAGAUAUGGACUGUCUACUCAAUCGCCUACUCUAAUGCCGCCUAUGCCGACUGUGAACCCGAGGCACUAUGCCUCGACUUCCGAUGACACCUCAUCACGGCGAGGCUCCCUCCGUAAUCGAUCUCGAAGUCCUCCACCAAGUCCAAGGGCAAAGGAAACGAGCCGAACUUCUGCUACGCUCGAAUUCCGAGGACGCACGAAGAGCACCGGAAACUUUAGUGAGUUUGGCUCACUCAAUAUGGCUACCGAGCAGGCUUGUCGUACAUUACGAGCUUAUAGGAAGAAGUUGUUGUCAUCAGAGCCAGUGAAAGAUGAGGCACUGAAAGAACUAGAUCAGGAGCUACGGCUCACUGCAGUGGCGCUUGGGGAGAAAAGUCUCAAAUCCAAGACGAUCAGUGAGACAGUUCUGACCGGAUUACUUGACCAGUAUUCGGAGAGGCUAGUUUCUAUGUUUGAUGAGAAACUGAGGUUGACGAAAUUUGUAUCCAACGGAGCUUCUGAGGCAGGAGAACGACCGAAAACGUCGGGAAAUCCAGUCGUUUCUACAGCUGGCGAACUUUGA